UUAAAUAUAGAUUUACAAUGAUUAAAAAAUUGUUUUCUAUUAAUUCCCUUUUAAAGGUAACUAAAAAAUAUAGUACAUCAAAACUGUAUAUACCGUACAAUCAGACAUCUGAUACAUAUGUUGUCAUUGAACCAUAUCUAGAUCUCGAUAAUCGCUUAAAAAAUAUAAAUAUUUUAAAAGAAAAUAUUACUUUAAGGGGUUUGAAUAUUGAUAUAGAUAAAAUAUGUGAUAAUUGGUCGAGUUUCAUUAAUGUACGAGACGAAAUUGUCUGUUUAAAUCUUGAAAAACAAAAACUUGCUGAACAAUUAAAAAAAAUCAAAAAGGAUAAUACUAAUGAGAUACACAAGCUUAAAGAAACUAGAUCAAAAGUAAUAACAAGAUUGAAGUCGUUGAGAGAUGAUAUUUCUGCGUUAGAAACUGAAGUGGUUAUUCCUAGUCUUAGCCUUCCCAACAGCUUACAUCCUGAGUGUCCUUUAACUGAGAGUAAAAUUUUAUUCCAUCAAUGUGGAAAAACAAAAAUUGAUAAUAGUGAGUAUGUAGAUCAUUUGAAAAUUGGCUCUGCUUUGGAAUGUUUGGAUUUCAUAAACCCUGUAAUGGUUUACAUUAAAGACAAAGCUUCUCUCUGUGAACAAGCAACAGUGGCUUAUUUCAACGAAUCUCUCGAGAAGUCUGAUUUUAUACCUUUUUGUAAUUCAGACCUUAUUAAAAGUGUAAUUAUUGAAGGAUGUGGUGUUGAUGUUGACAAUGCAGACCAAACAUUUAUUUUAAGCGAUAAAAACUUGCACUUAAUUGGUGGUGCAAGUCUUCAAUCUUUCUGCGCAUUUUUUACCAAAAUGAGUGUGGGUGGAAACAAACUGCCCCUGAGGUUGUAUUCAGCUGGUCGUUCAUAUAAACCUCACAUUAAAAACAUUGGACUUUUCUCUGCUGUACAAACAAAUGCUGUUGAAGUUUUUAUUGGUUCAGCCGAUGAACASAAAUCCAAAGACCAAUUUAAUGAAAUGUUGACUCUUUACAGACGGCUGUAUGAAAAUAUCGGUUUAGAGUAUCGCAUAGCUUACUCACCAGUUUCUAGGUUAGAAAACUGGGAGAGUUUGAGGGCUCAAGUAGAACUGUAUUCUGUCAGCAGUCAAGAUUACGUAGAAGUUGCUUCAUUAUCUUUAUCUGGAGAUUUCAUUAGCAAGCGCUUAAGAAUUUACUGGUCUGGUAAAGACAAAAACAAUUUUUUAAACAUUGUUAAUGGAAAAAUGGUAGACACCAAUGUACUACUAGGAUGUUUAUUAGAACAAAAUGUUAAUGAGUUMACCGUACCUGACUGUUUGAAAAAUUAUAUGAUUGUUUGAAUAGUAUUUAUAUAAUUUGCUUAGCAUAUUGUACAURAAUAAAUUAUUAUCUAWUAAUGUAUGUAUGUACAUAUAAUAAAAAUGUAUGUCAUUUUUAUCCUAACUUAAUUAUUCUAAUAGAUCAUAGUAUAGUCAUUAAAUACACAAUAUU